CAGACAUCAAUGAAUGUGUAACAGCAGGCAUGUCCAAUUGCAGUGUCAAUGCAGUGUGUGAAAACACAGUCGGAUCACACUUCUGCCAAUGUAACCGAGGAUAUACUGGCGAUGGCUCAACCUGCAUUGAUAUUGAUGAGUGUACUGACAACUCUAAUGAUUGUGACACGAUGGCACAAUGCCGAAACACGGCCGGCAGCUUUACGUGCACAUGUAGAGCUGGUUACCAAGGUGACGGCAGGUCCUGCGCAAACAUUGAUGAAUGCGCACUGGGCACGAACAAUUGCCAUGACAAUGCGCUGUGUAUCGACACCAUGGGCUCUUUCAUGUGUGCGUGCGUCAGUGGAUAUGAUGGCAACGGUGUCAUGUGCACGGAGAGAGAUGAAUGUACUCUAGAUCAGCCAUGCGAUGUCAACGCCGCCUGCAUCAAUACACCCGCAUCAUUCCAGUGCCGGUGCAAUGCUGGUUUCCGUGGCGAUGGAUUCUCGUGCCAGGAGAUCAAUGAAUGUCUUGAGGGCAGUGAUGAUUGUGAUGUAAACGCAAACUGUGCAAACACCGUUGGUUCAUGGACAUGUUCAUGUCUUCCUGGAUUCACUGGUACUGGACAACAGUGUCAGGAUAUUGAUGAAUGUGCUUUGCAGACGGACAGUUGCCAUGACAAUGCUAUCUGUACAAAUCAAGUACCCGGAUUCACAUGUCAAUGCAACUCUGGCUUCAGCGGUGAUGGUGUUGUUUGUGUGAAUAUCAAUGAAUGUACAGAAGACAUUGAUGAUUGUCAUGCAGCUGCUACCUGUACUGAUACACCCGGCUCGUUCACAUGUGCAUGCCUUGUGGGUUACCGCGGUGAUGGUUUGAACUGUGUGGACAUCAAUGAAUGCGAUGAAAACUUGGAUAAUUGCGAUGACAAUGCCGAUUGUGCUAAUACACCCGGGUCGUUUACGUGCACCUGUCGCGAUGGAUUUGUAGGCAGUGGAGUGACGUGCACCGAUGUCAACGAAUGUGCUGUGCUCAACGGUGGCUGCUCAAUCAAUGCAGACUGUCUGAACAACAUUGGAUCGUUUAUUUGCAGAUGUGUCACUGGGUAUACGGGCAGUGGUACUGUCUGUCAAGAUAUCAAUGAGUGUGUGAACCCCGUUGCUAGAUGCGGCCCUAACGCUCUCUGCACUAACACACCUGGAUCGUUUACAUGCGGAUGUGUGGCUGGCUUUAGCCUCGUUGGUGGACAAUGUGUGGACAUUAAUGAAUGUCAGGAUGGCAGCCAUCAAUGUCAUGUCAUGGCACAGUGCAUAAACACUGCUGGCUCGUUCUUAUGUCAGUGUAAUACUGGUUAUGAGGAUGCCCCUGGAUCAGUCCCACCGGGGCGCAACUGUGUGGAUAUAGACGAAUGUAGUAGUAAUAGCGAUGACUGCGAUAACAACGCUCUCUGCACCAAUACACAGGGAUCUUUUUUCUGUACUUGCCUAACUGGCUAUGCUGGUGAUGGCCGUACAUGUACUGAUAUCGAUGAAUGUGCUACUAACAGAGGAGGAUGUAGUACCAGUGCUACUUGUUCUAACACUCUGGGAUCAUUCUUCUGUCAAUGCAACAUGGGUUUUCAGGGAGACGGGUUCAAUUGCACAGAUAUAGUAGAGUGUCGGUCUCAGCAGUCCAAUUGCAAUCCCGAAGCACAGUGCAUUAACCUAGUGGGCAGCUUCCGCUGUAUGUGCAACCCUGGGUUUGACGGAGAUGGAUUGCUGUUUUGUAGCAAUAUCAAUGAAUGUACUCUUGGCUUGCACAACUGUCCACCGGUUACUGGCAUCUGUGAAGACAACCGCGGCUCUUUCACCUGUAAUUGUGGACGCGGUUAUCUUUACAAUAUGACAUACAAUACGUGUGAUGAUCAGAAUGAAUGUGUUCUGGGCACACAUCGGUGUGAUGCCAAUGCUGAUUGUAGCAACACACCAGGUUCAUUCAGCUGCGCAUGUCAGAGUGGCUUUACCGGCAACGGUCUCACCUGCGCUAACAUAGACGAGUGUAGCGAUGGAACUCAUCGUUGCUCAGCGUUUGCGGAGUGUACGGACACAAUGGGAUCUCAUCAGUGUGUCUGCCGUGCUGGAUUUAGUGGUGACGGGAAUGUCUGCUCUGAUCUGGAUGAGUGUGCCCUCGGCAUUGACAAUUGCCAUGCCAACGCCAUCUGUACCAACACCAUAGGGUCCUUUGAGUGCCGGUGCAAUGCUGGUUUCCGUGGCAACGGAGUUGUCUGCCAGGAGAUCAAUGAAUGUCUUGAGGGCAGUGAUGAUUGUGAUGUAAACGCAAACUGUGCAAACACCGUUGGUUCAUGGACAUGUUCAUGUCUUCCUGGAUUCACUGGUACUGGACAACAGUGUCAGGAUAUUGAUGAAUGUACUUUGCAGACGGACAGUUGCCAUGACAAUGCUAUCUGUACAAAUCAAGUACCCGGAUUCACAUGUCAAUGCAACUCUGGCUUCAGUGGUGAUGGUGUUGUUUGUGUGAAUAUCAAUGAAUGUACAGAAGACAUUGAUGAUUGUCAUGCAGCUGCUACCUGUACCGAUACACCCGGCUCGUUCACAUGUGCAUGUCUUGUGGGUUACCGUGGUGAUGGUUUGAACUGUGUGGACAUCAAUGAAUGCGAUGAAAACUUGGAUAAUUGCGAUGACAAUGCCGACUGUGCUAAUACGGCCGGAUCAUUUAUGUGCACAUGCCAGGCCGGCUUCUCUGGUAACGGUGUUGUGUGUGACAAUAUUGAUGAAUGUGUACAACAAACGCACAACUGUAGUUUUGCGGCAACGUGCACAGACACGCCCGGGGCUUUCACAUGUAUGUGUAUAGCUGGCUAUACGGGAGAUGGACGGCAGUGUGCUGAUAUCGAUGAAUGUCAAGAUACGACACUCUGCGAUAGCAAUGCUGACUGUACCAACACGCUAGCAUCGUAUUUCUGCACGUGUCGACCAGGGUACACUGGUAAUGGAGUUUCAUGUACGGAUAUAGAUGAAUGCGCUCUGGGAACGCACCUGUGCGAUCUCACCCGGGCUACCUGUCGCAAUACACCGGCGUCGUUUGCCUGCACAUGUAAUGCUGGAUUUGAAGGCAACGGGCGGAUGUGUGAAGAUAUCGAUGAAUGUAGCAUUGGUGCACAUGACUGCGAUCCGAAUGCUGACUGUCAGAACAUUGCGGGGUCAUUCAGCUGCUCGUGUCGCUCUGGAUUUGUAGGUGAUGGUAGAUCAUGUCAAGACCUGAAUGAGUGCACACUGGGCACUCACAACUGCAACGAGACUGCAACCUGUACAAACACACCUGGGUCGUUUACCUGUGCUUGCUUUACUGGUUACCGUGGUGACGGUGUAUUCUGUCAGGAUAUUGAGGAAUGUGACAAUGGAGAUGCGUCAUGCCAUGUCCAGAGAGGAAUGUGCAUCAACUCUCCGGGAUCCUUUGAGUGUGUUUGUCGUGAAGGAUAUUUUGGAAAUGGAUUUUUCUGCCAGGAUGUGAAUGAGUGCUCGACUGGUAUGAAUAACUGUGAUGUGAACGCAUUCUGCGAGAACAGCGUUGGUAGUCACUUCUGCACGUGUGCUAUUGGCUACUCCGGCAAUGGAACGGUUUGUCCAGAUAUAAACGAGUGUUCCUUGCAGCCACCGCCGUGUCACGUACAGGCCACGUGCGCAAACGUGCCCGGCAGCUUCAGGUGUGCUUGCAACGACGGUUACCGAGGCAACGGAAUGGCUUGCGAGGAUAUUGACGAGUGCACUGAGAGCACACAUGGCUGCAGUCGCCGUGCACUGUGUCUGAACACACUGGGAUCUUAUGGAUGUAUGUGUCUACCUGGUUUCCAAGGUAACGGGUUGGUUUGUGCCGAUGUGGACGAGUGUACGUUGGGAACGGACAAUUGCCAUGACAACGCCGAGUGCAGCAACACCGAAGGCAGCUUUACGUGUGCAUGCAACACCGGGUAUAUGGGCAAUGGCGUUCUAUGUGCGGAUGUCAAUGAAUGUACCAGUGAUACGGAUAACUGUGCGCCGCAACCCCGAGGUCUCUGCAUCAACAACGACGGAUCAUUCAGUUGUCAGUGCUUAGCAGGGUACACUGGUGAUGGGGCAACAUGCAGGGACAUUGACGAAUGUCAGCUGGGUCUUGAUAACUGUGAUGUCAAUGCUGAAUGUACCAACACUGCCGGCUCAUUCCAAUGCAGAUGCUUGGCUGGAUACAGUGGAGAUGGUGUGACGUGCCAGGAUGUGAACGAGUGUAACACCGUGUCGCACAAUUGCCUCUUCAACGCAGUCUGCUCCAACACAAUCGGGUCACAUACGUGCAUGUGCCUAGCCGGAUAUACGGGUAAUGGAAUUGACAACUGUGACAAUGUUAACGAGUGUAUGCUGGGAACGCAUGAUUGUGACGUUAACACUGCCGUGUGUAUGGACACCAUCGGCUCGUUUAACUGUCGUUGUCUGAGUGGAUACCAGGGAUCCGGCCGCAGUGGUCAGUGUGCCGAUAUAGAUGAAUGCGCAAGAAACACGCAUACGUGCCACGCCCUGGCCACGUGCGCUAACCAAGUGCCAGGAUUCCAGUGUACGUGUAAUGCAGGGUACACUGGUGAUGGACAGCAGACAGGUGGCACAGGCUGUGUGGAUAUCGAUGAAUGUACCGAGGUGCCAAGCCGCUGUGAUGUCAACGCCCAGUGCAAUAACAUGAUUGGAUCGUUCAUCUGUAUGUGCAACAGUGGCUGGACUGGCACGGGUGUUAGCUGUAUGGACAUCAAUGAAUGCUCAUUGGGAACUGAUAAUUGCCAUGACAACGCAGUCUGUGCAAACACUGCUGGAAGUUUCAACUGCCAGUGUCUGCAAGGAUUUGGUGGAAACGGUCUCCUCUGUGCUGCUCUACCAGUGUUCACAACACGUCCUGCCACACAGCUUUGCACAUCAGUCGGCGAUAGACUUGUGGCAUCAUGUGUACUAUCCAACAAUCCACGACCGGACAGAAUUGUGUGGACAAUGGAGAACACCACACUAGCCACGAUGACUUCAGAUCGUGUCAGUGUUGUGCAAAGUGACCUGUGCAGUGUCUUGGAAAUCCGCAACGUAACCGCUAGCGACGCUGGUCGAUACUCGUGCCUGGCUACCAAUGGUGUGGCGUCUGUCUCUGCCUAUGUACAAGUUACAUUCAACAAUUGUCCAUGUGUUAUACCUUAAUCUAACCUACCUUUGUCCUUGGUGAAAAGGUCUCCUGUAGCAGCAACAGCAUCCUCCUCAUCGUCAGGAGAACAUUAGACAGUGCUGCGGCGCAAACCAGUUAUGUACAAGACUAUAGAACCUGUGUGCAGCAUGGUCAGUGACUAUGACAGGACUGUGAUCGGGCGCUGUGAUGUGACUGUGACCCAUGCAGUGUGCAGUAGUGACGACCCGUGGCCUGAUGGUUCGACUUCUUUUGAUUGUCUGUGCUGUUCAUUUGCUGUUGCAUUGCUUGUGAAGUGCAUGCUUCAAUGGCCAUCAUUACAUGCUGUGUGUGGGGCAGCCUCAUUGAAGGAAGCAAUUCAGCUCCUGACCAAUGUCCGUUUCAUGUUUUCUAGAUUGAUCUUGGUAUUGCAUGCUCCUCACAACAGUGGUCAUAAACUAAUAUUUGAGGCCGAAACGCAUUCAUACUACACUCAUUCUGUUCCCGACAAUGUUUUGACUUCAAGUUGGUUUGGUCACGGAAUCAUGGCUGGCGUGAUCAGUCACUUGC